AGUCUAAUUGCCUCAUCAUUUGAAUCAUAGUAGCCAGAGAACUGGGGGGUUUCAUAUCAGAGAUGGUGAGUUGCAUUGAACAAUGGAAGCCAGUGGUUGCCAUGAUUGGCAUCAACAUUGCUUUUGCCAUAGUCAAUGUGCUUCUUAAGUUAACUCUGAAUAAAGGAAUGCACAAUUCGGUGGUAGUUACUUAUAGGCAGUCAAUUGCUUGUGUCCUCUUGACACCCAUUGCCUUCUUUUGGGAAAGAAAAAGUAGACCUGAACUUACAGCUCGAAUUAUAUGCCACCUUUUCCUCAGUGCUCUAAUUGGGGUAACAUUCACACAGUACUUCUUUCUUCUUGGACUACAAUAUACAUCAGCUACAUAUGCUUCUGCCUUCACCAACAUGGUGCCUGUUUACACUUUCCUAUUGGCGCUACCAUUUGGUCUAGAGAAAGUGAGCAUUAGGAGCAAGGGAGGCAUAGCCAAGAUUUUGGGCUCCUUAAUAUGCAUUGGUGGAGCUUUGUCACUGACCUUAUACAAAGGAAUGCCACUGACCAACCAACACUUACAUGCUACAGCUCAAAUUGAAAACCAUGACCAUAUGAUGAGUGCAGCAAAGAAGAGAGAGAGGUGGAUACUUGGUUCAGUGUUUUCGGUAACAGGUGGUAUCUUAUGGGCAUCAUGGUUUCUCAUACAAGCCAAGAUUGGGAAGAGCUACCCAUUUCAGUACUCUAGCACAGCCAUUUUGUCUUUCUUUGGUGCCAUUCAGUCAGCCAUCUUGACCUUGCUUACUGAAAGAAGCAUCAACAUGUCAAUGUGGGUUCUGAAGGGGAAGUUGGAGAUACUGACUGUCAUAUAUGCCGGAGCAGUUGGAUCAGGGUUGUGCUAUGUAGGCAUGUCAUGGUGUGUGAAGAAAAAAGGUCCAUUGUUUACAUCAGCAUUCAUUCCCUUAAUCCAGACAUUUGUGGCUAUGCUUGACUACUCCACCUUGCAUGAACAGAUCUAUCUUGGAAGUGUGGUGGGAUCUGUCCUAGUCAUAGUAGGAAUGUAUGUUCUACUGUUGGGAAAAAGCAAUGAUGGAAAGGAAAUUGGGGUGAAGCAGAGAGAAGCAGCUGAAGAAGGAGCAUAUAUCCCGUGAUAUGGAUUAACUUAACGAGGCUACUUAAUCUUAUUCUCGUACAGUAGAACAGAUAAAAUAUUUUGGUAAAGUGUUCGAUGAAAUGCCUGAGAGAGCAUCAUGUGAAGUUUUCGAGGAAUUGGCUGCUGAUCGAGAAUUUGGAGGAGGAGGAGAGGCUCGGAGAGAGGGAGGGGCUGAGGAGGGUGUAGGAGAUAGCGAGUUCGGACUUGGAGAGAGGAGGCCAAUAGGAGUAUGUCUUCCAGUUAAGAGGCAGAGCCAUUGUGGGGUUUGCCUUAGAAUAGAUGGCCCAUAAUGGCGCAUUGAAUGUCCAGGCACAUAAAGCUCGAUCUUUUCACUUCAACUGGCGAAGACUCGAAGUUUAACCCUUUGGAGAAACCAAACGAGCUCUGUAGUUCACUUUGUAUGGAUCUUACCUUUUGGGGGAUUCCGGCCAUAUGAAAUGUAUAUCAAAGGAUCUCCACUUUAGUUACUAAAUAAUUUUAUUUGAUCAUCAAAUAUGUAAAAGGGUAGUAAUAUAGUUUAGCCUAAUGUUAUGAUCAGAGUUUUGAGCUGAGAUUGUUU